AAAGCCAACCCCACCAUCCCGCAUCAUUCAUCUUUAAGCAUCGGCGACUUUUAAGGCUGCGUGACCUUCUCAUCUCUUCAUACCAAUUCAAUCACGUCGCAUUUUAAGCAUCAUAUCGCCACCACCCAUAGAGGCACGGAGGACAUCCGAUAGCAUCUCUGGUCUACCAAAGAGGAUAUUUCUUUACUCAAUACCUAUUGUAUCACACGGAAAAUGGGUGCCAAAAUCCCCCGGAAUUUCCGUCUCCUAGAGGAGUUAGAAAAGGGAGAGAAGGGUCUUGGAGCUGAGGCUUGCUCCUACGGCUUAGACAACCCCGAAGAUCUUCUCAUGUCCGACUGGAACGGCACUAUUCUAGGCCCCCCUCACAGCGUACACGAGAACCGAAUCUACUCCGUCAAGAUGCACUGCGGUGACCAAUACCCGGACAAGCCACCUACCAUCCAAUUCGUCAGUCAAGUCAACCUACCGUGUGUCAACCAGAAGAAUGGAAUGGUCGAUCCUACCCAACUACCAUGCCUGGCAAACUGGAAGCGAGAGAACACCAUGGAGACAAUUCUCAUCGAGCUUAGAAGAUACAUGGCAUCGAGCCAGUGUAAGAAGCUGCCUCAACCACCUGAGGGAUCGGUCUACUCUUAGGACGAAGGUAGAAACGAACCUCAGCUGGAACCGAGGCCCGACACAACAGAAACAAGCAACCCGGGACCCCCCAUGGGAUACCCUUGGCAGAUCACAGGGGGAGUCUAAUGCGAUACAACUUCGUUGAUUAUUCGCAGUGCACUCAUAUUUGUACUCAUUUGACGAACUUGCCACAUCAUAACGAGAUUAGAUUCAUGAGCAGAAGGGCAUCAAUUCGACGAGGUAAGAGGGUUGGCUUGGAGUUUAGGCAUUAGCAAUUAAGAAAUUCAACAAAUUCUUCCUUCAGAGUAUUGACCUAACAAUCGCAAUACAUGCGACGCAGAUUAUAACUGGUAGAGCUGUGAUAAUACCCUUGAAGAUACUGAGUUAUACGUAUUAUAGGGGACUCAUUUAGAUACACGCACGUGAUCGCGCGAAGCUAAAUCGGUGCGGAAAUCGUUCCGCUGUUUAAUUGAAAAUUUCCCAAAUUCAAU